AUCGCUGGCGGAGCACCUCGCCUGGGAGCUCUUGCGAGCCCGUCCGAGCACCGAGUGCCGUGGGCGGGUUUGGGAGGGGAGCGCUGUGGGCGCGGAGCGGCCCUGCCCGCGGGGACGGACGGACGGACGGCUGUUCGGCACGGCUCUGCCAAGGGCUCAGAACUCAAAGCCCGGAGAUAACAGUACCACAGACCGGUUAUCAGGGGCUACCUCACCUCGGAGGCUGCCGGCUCCCCACGGGGGUUACUUUAGGCAUGUUGGGUGCCGGCUUACGCUGCGGAGGCUAUUCAGCAAUAGUUAUGAACUCCCGUUUACGAGCCUUAGGUGGGAGGAUAAAUAACAUACGAGCAUCAGAACUACCAAAAGAGAAAACCCGAUCAGAGAUAAUCUGUAACGUCCACUUUUUGGAUGGCUCAGUACAAAGCUUCAAAGUCAACAAACAAGACACUGGACAAAUCUUGUUGGAUAUGACCUAUAACCAGUUGGGUGUGACAGAGAAGGAAUAUUUUGGUUUACAGCAAAAUGAGACUUCAGUAGAUUCACCUUUUUUCAUUUCACAGCGAUGGCUUGAACCAAGCAAACCUAUUAGAAAACAGUUAAAAGGAGGUUUUCCCUGCACCCUUCGUUUUCGUGUAAGGUUUUUUAUACCUGAUCCUAACACACUUCAACAAGAACAAACCAGGCACUUAUUCUUCCUGCAAUUGAAGGCUGAUAUUGUGGAAGGAAGGUUAUCAUGCCCCAUGAAUUCUGCUGUUGUCCUGGCAUCAUAUGCAGUACAAUCACAACUUGGAGACUAUAACGCUUCAGUACAUCAUUCAGGAUAUCUGUCAAAUUACAACUUUAUACCAGAGCAGAACAAAGAUUUUCUUACCAAAGUAGAAUCGCUGCAUGAGCAACACAGUGGCCUCAAGCAAUCUGAAGCAGAGUCCUGCUACAUAAAUAUAGCACGAACACUUGAAUUCUAUGGAGUGGAAUUGCACAGUGGUAGAGAUCUCCAUAAUUUAGAUCUCAUGAUUGGGGUUGCAUCCAGUGGAAUUGCUGUAUAUAGAAAACUCAUCUGCACAAGCUUCUAUCCCUGGGUGAACAUAUUAAAAAUUUCCUUUAAAAGGAAAAAGUUUUUUAUACAACAACGGCAAAAACAUAAUGAAUCCAGAGAGCAUAUUGUUGCCUUCAACAUGUUAAAUUACAGAGCAUGCAAAAAUCUAUGGAAAUCUUGUGUAGAGCAUCACACGUUUUUUCAGGCAAAGAAGUCACUACCUCAUGAAAAAAAGAUAUUGUCGCAUUAUUGGACCCUGGGUUCUAGAAAUCCAGCAAAGUCUGUAAACAGCCAGUACUGCAGAAAAGUUAUAGGUGGGAUGGUUUGGAACCCAUCAAUGAGACGAUCUUUAUCUGUUGAGCAUCUAGAGACCAAAAGCCUUCCUUCUCGAUCACCUCCUGUUACCCCUAACUGGCGGAGUCCUAGACUACGGCAUGAAAUUCGUAAACCACGACACUCAUCUGUAGAUAACCUUACAAAUGAGAUUAGUUAUAUUACCGAAACAGAAGAUGUUUUUUAUACAUAUAAGGGCUCUCCAACAUCAAAAGACAGUGAUUCGGAGUUCUCUCAGAACUGUAGUCCACAGAGGAGGUCAUCUGAACAAGAAUCACCAAAGAAUGUAUUGGGAAACAGUCCAACACGGAGUUCUCUGACCCAUACCUCACCUAAAACCUUGGCUCAGUCUCCCAAUGGAGUUGGUAACAUUUCUGGCUCUUAUUCGUUGGAAGGGGUCGAUAAACAGUUCUUGGAAACGUAUGACAACAUUACAAAAAGUAGCCCAACGGAAGAUUCCAGUCAGUACUACUGCGAUAAGAAUGACCUGAUUGAAGGAGACUUACUUUUGGUGCGUAUCAUACCAGAUGAAGACGGGAAGUUUGGAUUUAAUCUAAAGGGCGGUGUAGAUCAAAAAAUGCCAUUAGUGGUAUCAAGAAUAACUCCAGGAUCACCUGCUGAUAAAUGCAUUCCAAAACUGAAUGAAGGUGAUCAGAUAGUAUUAAUUAAUGGCCGAGAUAUCUCAGAGCACACGCAUGACCAGGUGGUCAUGUUCAUAAAAGCCAGCAGAGAAUCUCACACAAGAGAGCUUGCACUUUUGGUCAGGCGGAAAGUAGUUAAACAGUUUGUGGAGCCUAAAUCAGAAGACGAAGCUGAUUCCCACAAUCUCCCAGAAUCUCUUCUUCCUCUCUGUUCUGAAUAUGGUGGUGAUACACUGGAGGAGUCUAUGGAGCAGCUGAGGAAAGGGCUGGAAAGUGGAACUGUCCUUAUUCAGUUUGAGCAACUUUACAGAAAGAAACCAGGAUUAGCUGUUACAUGUGCAAAGGUACCUCAGAAUAUGGAUAAGAAUAGAUACAAAGAUGUUCUGCCUUAUGAUGCCACAAGGAUAAUAUUGCAAGGAGAUGAAGACUACAUUAAUGCAAACUACGUGAAUAUGGAAAUUCCUUCUGUGGGCAUUGUGAACAGGUACAUUGCUACUCAAGGGCCUCUUCCACACACAUGUGCACAUUUCUGGCAAGUAGUGUGGGAUCACAAAUUGUCACUGAUCAUCAUGUUAACAACUCUAACUGAACGAGGACGGACCAAAUGUCACCAGUAUUGGCCUGAUCCACCAGAUGUAAUGCAAUAUGGCAGCUUUCGUGUCAGAUGCCACUCUGAAGAUUGUACGAUUGCUUAUGUUGUUAGAGAAAUGGUGAUUACAAAUGUUGAGACAGAACAACAACACACCAUCACCCAUCUCCAGUAUGUUGCUUGGCCUGAUCAUGGUGUUCCUGAUGACUCCAUGGACUUCUUGGAGUUUGUGACCUGUAUGAGGCCAAAGAGAGUAGAGAAUGAGCCGGUCCUUGUUCACUGCAGCGCUGGAAUCGGUCGUACUGGUGUAUUGGUCACUAUGGAAACAGCCAUGUGCUUAAUUGAAAGAAACCAACCAGUUUAUCCGCUGGAUAUUGUACGAAAAAUGCGAGACCAGCGAGCUAUGAUGGUGCAAACAUCAAGUCAGUACAAAUUUGUUUGUGAAGCUAUUCUUCGUGUUUACAAAGAAGGAUUGGUUCGACCACUGGAUUCCAGUUAGCACAGCAGUGAAGGAUGAAUUUCCCCCCCCGCCCCCGGAAAGACUGCUCUUAAAGUAAAGCAAGGGCUUGUUUCUGAAAGCAACUAGAAUGGACUAGAAGCCCAUGAAAAGACAGAUGAGCACAUUUGAACUGUGGCACUUUAAAUUUCUCAAGAAGAUUGCUAAAUCAUGUACAGUAUAACAAAGUCAUGCAGAUAAAUAUGAGAGCAAUUGUGUGUAACACACUUUAGUCACAUGGACACCAUAAACAAUCAUGGAAACCUUAAUACAUUAUCUUUUACUGCCUUAAAACACCCUUCGCUUUGGAAGUUACAAAGGUCCUUGUGUUUCUUUUGAAAAUGCAAAAAGAAAACUACUAGUAUUGACAUGACUCAGUAUAAGAAGGUGUUUAAUAUCUUCAUAUUGUAUGAAAGAUCACUGAAGGUGGAUAUUUGUAACUUUCUUAUUGGGACACUAAAUAUUCAUGGAAAUGUAACCUUGACUUCUAAAAGGCUGACGAAGAGCUUUAAAGGCUAAUGCAUAACUACUGUACAUUCAGAGCUGGAGAAAUUAAGUAUUCGGUUACCAUAAAUCUAUUACUAAGUAUGCCAGCUGUUAUUAUAUGCUUUUAAAAAAUCACAUCUACUGCAUGUGAUGUCCAAAAUAAUGCUGCAUUGAAGAAUUUCUGCAGAUGGUACAGUCUGGAUCUUCUGUUGACCAAUUUUAACUGCAACUUGCCCUUUUAACAGUGACCUGCUUCUUACAGUUUUAGUUAUUGUGCUCCUUUUGUUUCUGCUGUCCUUUAUACUUGUUUUUCACUGCUGCUUCUUUAUGUGGCUGAAAACAUUUUAACUUCAAAGGAGGUUUAAUUCUUUCACCUUUGUUUCCAUGUGUAUUUAUGAGUUGUUAGAUGUAAAUGUGGAUUAAUGUUGCACACAAGUACUAGACUUUUGACUUACUGUAUAUGCAAAGUAGUCUAAUCCAAUACUGGAAGAAAAAUUACUACUGUACCCAUCAAAUAUGUUGCUGCUAAUUCAAGGUGUGAAGCUCACAAGGGCACAGGUGUUGCUGGUGUUCAGAUGGUGAUAAAAUGUUGACUUGCUGCCCUUCAGCAAAAACUGCUCUUACCCAGUGAAACACAACUCCCUUUUGCAAGAGUUCUGCGGAUUUACUGUGUUUCUUGCUUUAUGGAAAUGCAGCUAAAUUCACAUGAAGAUUUACAUGGAAAGAGAGAACGAAUUUGUACAUUGAAUAAUUCACCCUAAGGUACGCUGGUCUCCACUUCAUUUCAACUGGGAGUAUUGGACUUUCUGAACAAUAUAACCACAUUUGUAUGAUGUUAAUUUAUUUUGUGUGUGCUUUUUGAUUACCCUAACAUAGUUCUGCGUUUUUGAAUAAUGUUUAAAAAAAUAUUCUACGGGACUGCUUAAAACUCUGUUAUUUAAAAGAUUAGUCCUAAAUAAGGAAAAAAUUUUAUGGGGCAUAUCAGCCAGAUGUUUAUAUGUGUAAAUUAGAUAAUUUAGAGAAAAUUAGGUAAUUUUCUUUUUAGAGUUAUAUAUAUACACACAUAUAUUCAGGUAUAUUUUAGAAUUAUGGUUUGUAGUAUGGAUACUAUCCAUAUAUAGAGAGUUUCAUUAUAGAAACUGCCACAGCUGUACAACGUGCAUCUCUCAUGUUACCAGAAGGUUGUCUUUUUUCCCCAGGAGACAGCUGAAAAGUGAAUGUAGAAUGUGCUAAAUUGCUGACUCUUGUCUUCUGCAGCCUUGGUCCUUCUUUCAAGAUUACAUUAUUAGUUACCGGUAAAAAAGAUAAGUGGUUACUAUUCGUUGAUCAAGAGAGUUUUCAUUAGGACAAGCAGGGUAAUUGGCAACAGGAAAAGCUUCUUGGCUUUGUUAGGUUGAAGGACAAAUAGGUUUGUGCUCGUUCUUACGUACUGCAUUCCAGAUUUGACUUUUGCUGAAGUUCUUGUAAUAUUUUGGAUCAUUAUCCUCUUGCUUGAUCUGGCACAGGCUGGAAAGCAAGAGACUAACUCUGGUUCACUCUUGCUAAACUACAUCAGGUCACCCAAUCCGUCUGUCGUUCCAAAUGUAAAAUGAUACUGGACGUGCACAUGAUGCUUGGGAAACUUUUUUGGAAAAUGCUUGUGGAAAAGUGUUAUACAAGCACAGACUGCCUGCCCUUGUUAAAGAGAAUAUUGAGCGGUGAGAAAACCCGCUGUCUCUUUCCCACGUGAGGAGUAGUGGGCACUGAAGAACCUGUGCCUGCUGGGUGGGUGGUUAACACAAGCUCCCUUUUCUUAUAAUGUGUGUGCCUUUCUGUAAACCAUCUUUUUUAAGUUCUGUUGUGCCCAGGUCUCAAAGUCACCCCUUGCAGUUGGCAUGACUUGCAAUUAAUAGUUUGUCAAGAAGUGAAAAAGGCAAGGAGGAAAAACGCAAGAAAAUAAAUAGUAAGAAAAAUAUUUAGAGCAUCUCUUUGACAUCUGUUUCUUUCAGGGAGGUUCUUGACUGAACUUAUGGUUUAUUUGUGUUCAAGGUAAUUGAUAUAUUCCUAUCACUAUUUAUGUUUCUUCAUGUUGAAUAUGUAUUUACCAAAACACUGUAAAUUUAUUCCAUAUAUAACUCCAGUCUGAAGAUACAUGGUAUAGGCUUGACUUACAUUAGUGUGUGUGUGUUUAAAUAAUAAUGGUCAUAUUGUGACAACAAAUGCUGCUCUUGUUCUGGUAAACUUAGAUGGUUUCCGUAAUACCAUUCAUGAACUCUUAUUUGGACUUUAACAACUUGUUUGAAAUUGCUGGCCACUGAGACUACUCAAACCUAUAAAAAUAGUAAUCUCUGUAAUAUCUGAUUAUUUUUUUUUUAUAAAACCAUAGAGCAAAUACUAACUACACAAGUAUCUUGUACGUUGUGUCCAUCUUUAUUUCAGUCUUGCUGGGUUUUGCACAUGUACCUGUAGGGUCCACAGGGGAGAAUGAAGGGGGUUUUUGUCUUCUCUCUGUAGCGUGUGAUGACUUUGCACUGAAUAAUGUAUGCCUUAGAUCUGAUCUCACGAUGAAGACAUAAUUAUGAAAACAACAUCUUAAUGCUGGCUUUUGUUUCCACAAGAAUUAGGAAAUUAAAAAGACCCAGUUCGUUUUUUUGAUAGGAGUUAAAACUCCUAACACAAAAUUUUUUAACUGUCAAGCAAUUGACAAAGAGCAGAAAAUGCUGUCAAGUCAAGAUUCUGUAUAACCUUCAUAAACAGUUUAACUUUGAUUUUUUUUGCCUGUGCUUGUGUGGUCAUGACAAUAACUAUUCAAAAUGUCUGUCAUGGCGGUCGAUGAAGAGGGAGUAAUAAGCCUUUGAGGUUUUCAUCACUGUGAAAUAUGCUAACGUUUAUUCUUCUUAAUGAAACAAAGUUUAACUAAGUGGCUUUAUAUUUGAUACGGAAGUAACUAAAAUGCCUAUUCAGAGUGUCUUCAUAAAUAUCACAGAGGAACACUUCUAAGACAGAGGUGGGAGGGAGAGAUCUUCCCAUGUAUUGAAAAUAAGAAAAAUGGUGCAAUCAACCAUGAAUGCCUUUUGUGUAACAGGAUGUAUGAAACAUGAAUCAUUAAAAUACAACCAAACCUUGAACAAUAGUGGUGGUGUUUUGCAAAAAAAAAAUUAAAAAAAAAUAUAUUUUGUAAUCCAGGGUUUCGCUCUCAGUAAUCCCCUUUUAGGUGUUGAUACUCAAUUAUAUGCAAUCAAAAUGUACCUAAGAAAUCAGCAAUAGCUCUUCAUAUACACUCAUUUUUAAAGUUGGUUCCCUUUUUUCCCCUCCUUUUUUCUACUAUGCAAUACACGGUUAAAAAAAUAUUUAUAUUUCAAAAAGACUGUGGUUCUAAAAUAUCUAAUGAAGUAUGCAUUUGCCUUAUUACAAGCAUAAUAUGAUACAGUUUUACAACAAAAGUUAUCCCCUGUAGUUAGUGCUUUUAUGUGUCGGAGUUAAUGCAUAAAUGGUCCACUGAUUAAAAAUGUUGAAAAUAGGCAUGGUUCAUAUUCAAUCAAUUAAAAUUUAAACAUAGUUAUUUCACUGAUAAAUGGCUUUAUUGUUAUAUCCUGAAACGUAGCAUCUGAGUGCAAGUUUAUUUUCCUCCUUCACAUAAAGCCUUUCCAGAAAGAAUGUGCACUGGGAAGUGUUUGUAUUUCAAUUGGUAACCUGCAAUUAGUCUACUUGGUUAAAAGCAUUUAUUAAUCGAAACUAUAUAGAAGGUAAAGUUGUGUCAUGAAAUACUUUGUUCAACGGCAGUUGAAAGCCAAGUGAAUGAUUAAUUCAUUAUAUAAAACAUAAUGUUUUGAUUAAAUGGAUUCUCUUGCAUUUAAGUUCUGACACUGAUAGCGUUAAGCCAUCUCAGAUGACUGUCUGUUUUAACAAUAGUAUUAUAUUAACAGUUUAAAUAUAGCAAUCUAAUGCAAUAUGAUUUAGUUUUAGUGUACUUUAGCAUAUUUAUUCUUCCAGUUCAGUUAGCUGUAGAAGCUUUAAACAAUGGUAUCAACAAUCACUGAAACUUGUUGUCUUUAUAAAAAAAAACCCGUAACUUUCUCCAAAUGAAAAGGAAGGAGUAGCACAUGAUAGAAGUUUAAUAAUUUUUCAGCUCAGACUAACUCCGUGGCAAUAGUGGUCUGAUUUGACCACUGAUAUAAAAAACAAUUGUUGAGGACCAAGAGUAUCAGGGGAAAAAGGCAAAUUGUGUGGGCUGUUGACACUACUUGUUUAGUUUUGACUGUAGUUGAGAGACCAGCUAUUGUCUUUUUUCUGUUUUGUUUGUUUUUUUUUUUUUUUUAGUGGACAAAUUCAUCUCAAGAGGUGGCUUUGGGAAUGGGGAGGAGAAUGUGCCUUUAUUGACUCUCCUAAUUUUUGUUGCAGGCUACUUGGAUAGGAGUCUUAGAAUUGUGAGUUAUUUUGAGUUUAGCUGCAGGUUUGGAAUCUUUAAUGAACUCCUUAUUUAAAAUAUUUAAGCACUGAUUUUAGACAUUAAAGGAACACUUCAGUUUACUGUUAGUUUUCUUGGUUUUCAUAAUGUCAUUUCUUGGGUUGUCAUUCCUUUACCUUAUAAAAACACUUAGAGGUUUCCCAGAACUGUAAAACUGGCUUUAUCGUAGACAGGCUGAGUGAUGUUGCUGUUGCUUAAGAUAGGAUGUUAUUUACACCUGCUGAAGGUACAAUGUGGUGUUCAGACCAGCCUGAACUGACCUCCUUUCUGAGGAAUUUAAACAGUGCUGCUAACAGUGGUAAAAAUCAUAAAGAUAUCUUGAAAUCUUGAAAAAGCGUGUAGGAAAUGUUUUGUUCAGGGCAGAUAAGACCUGGGUUUUAUUUAAAAAAAAGUGAGGAUGAAAAUGGUUUUAGCAGGGGUUAAACAGGGGUAGGGGUGGGAAAUGCAUGGGUUUUUACCUUUGCAAACACCUUUCUAUGUUUCAAAUGCAUGAUUUCACUUGGAGCAAUUUGUCUACUAAAGAGUCCCUCUGUUGAUGGGAUUUAAUUUUUGUCAAACUGACCCAGGAAAUAAUUUUAGUUUGAAGUUUUUCCUCAUUUACUGCUUUGUUCUUUUAAGUAACAUUAAACAAAACUGAAAUCUUUUUCCUUCUGAAAAUUAUUUUGGUUGUUUCCAUUUGGUGUCAUUUUCUGAGAUGUAAAUGGAAUUUGAGCGUGGCUGAGUAACUAUCGAGAUUGCCACACAUGCUAAAAGGAAACAGAUGCUUUACUAGAUCUAGUAAAUCCAUUACCUGACAUCAGUUACCAGCUGAAACUAGUCUAGGUCAUAUUUCUAUCAGCCUUUUGCAGAAUAACCAUUUUGUAAAUAGGAAGUCUUUGGAGCUUGCUCACCCAAGUAUCAGGAAGUCGUCUUGUACUGAGCUAGAAUUGAUGCUUUAAAUAAAAAAAAAAAAAUAAAAUCUGAACCUUGAAGUAAGGAAGGACUAUUUACCAAAAUCUGUACAAAACACACUUAUACCUUCUACGAGGAAAAAUAGUUUAUAAAAAAAGCAAGCUGCUAGGCAUGAGUAUCUUCUUUUCUGUCACUGGAUCUCAUGUAAUCAUAAACCAAAAACCAAACUAGUUCUUAACUAGUAAGCAGUGUGGCAGCUAAAGCACAGAAAAGUCAACAUCGACCGAACUGCCUCAUUAAUGUCUCAACUUCCCUGCGAAGGGGUGGUUGCAAUCCUGGUUCAGAAGUCCUUGCUGCAGAAUGGAAGGAGAAAGGGCUUCCCUCCGUAGGGAAGCGACAGAAAGCCUGCUCGGUAAAUCAGCAGGCUAUAUUUGACCUUAGUGGGGUUUUACUUGCAUUAUCUAACCGGAACAGUCUAAAUUCAAAUAGAAUCGGGUGUGUCCAUAUGAGUUUGCAGGAACACUGUAGCCCUACAGUUGCUCCAGGAAAAAGCUCACAGCAGGUGUGUUGAUUUCUGUGGGCUUCGUUUGCUUCAGGCAGGCAGCAGGUUAGCGUGGUAGCAGCUGAGUUAUUCCUUAUGAGUGCCCCUCUAAUUCACAUACCUGAAUGCAAACCUAGUAUAACUGUUGCUUUCCUAGUUUUAAUAGAAAUUAAACUACUGUCUGUAGAAAUUAGGUGAGGAAAUAUUAUAUGCGCUCAAACGUAAAUAUAUUUCAAAUCCACCUUCUGUAAAAGAAAUUACCAGUAUCAAUGCUUAUAUUCCGGUGACCUGUGCAGGGAGUACUAAACAUAAUUUAUGUAGCUUUUCACACUUUAUUGUGUAACCUUAAUAGAGAGGUACAAGAUAAAUAAUGGGGACAGUCCUAUCAAGGCUUUGAAAAUCUGCCAGGCGUUCAUAAUGACAAAUGAUGAUCGGUUAAGACUGACCUUCGUUGCAACUGACAGAAAAUCGUGCUUGGUAGUACUGGAAUAAAUUAUAUAACAGUUGGGAAACACGGAGCUGGGGGUGGGUUUUACUGCAAGCUGUGCAAGAGAUUCCACUGUCCUAGUCGCUAAGUUUGUGUUUUCAUUUAUGUUGAGUUAGCGUUAUUGUCAGAGAUGUAGAAAAAGCUUGGAAGAUAAUAUCCGUUCAGUGACUGGCUAUUUUUUUUUCAUGGUUGUUUCUGUAGCGCUCUAUAGUUUAUUCUUCUGAGAUCUUAGGUGCCAGUGCAUUAAAGGAAUAAAAGAAUGUAUUUGAUGUAUUUGGAAGGUAAGGAAAGAGUUUAUUUUGUAUCCUAAGCUGUACUUUUCUUUUAAAUCAUUUGAAAUGUAAAUUGAUGUUGAUAUUACAAAGCUUAAUUUAUUGUUUAAAAAUGUAGACACUUCUUGAAAUGAAUGUAUCAUUUUUCUUUUUUAUUUUUAUAGGAAUAAAGUAUUGGUUAAUGUUUUCAGUAUAGUUUUCUUGGGUUUUAGAACUGUUUUGAGAAAAAAUAUUGCAGCCACCAUUUUAUGGUUAUUGGUUAUAUGGCUAAUGGUGAAAUAAAGCAUUUUUGGCUA